AUGGCAUCAUGUCCAAUAGAAUUAGAACGAAAUGGUCCAACAGUUGGAAUGUCAUUUACAGGUGAACAAGCUGAAAAACUUUUUCAACGUUAUUUAAAUAAAAAAGUGAAUUGGUUUGAAUCUGGCGAAUGUGGUUUAAAUAAUCUUCUUUUCUUUGUUGAAUGUGAAAAUGAUCAAGAUAAAUAUGUUUUGAAAAUUUGUGGACGAUCAUGGAAAAAAAUCAAAACAGAAUCUGAAGUUGCUGCUAUGAAUAUUGUUCAUAAAUAUACACAAAUUCCUCUUCCAAAACUUGUUGCUUAUUCAUCAGAUAAUAAUAAUGAAUUUGGAGUUGAAUGGAUUAUUAUGACACGUUGUUUUGGAAAAUCAUUAAGAAGUUCAUCAAAAACAAAUGAUAUUUGGCCAAAUUUAUCUAUUGAUCAACAAAAAUCAAUAAUUAAUCAACUUGUUGAAUAUAUAUCUCAAUUUCAUAAUAGUAUUCCACGUUCAAAUAAUAUUGGAAAUUAUAAAAUAAAUGGUGAAAUAGGUCCUGAUAAUAAUAAUAUGGGUCCAUGGAAUAAUUAUCAAGAUUUUUUUAAUGAUCGUUUAAAACUUCAAAUAUCAACGUUAAAUCAUGAAAAAGUAUUUGAACCAAUUCGUGAUGAUCUUAUGAAAUCAAUAAAAGAAUUUGAAAAUUUAAAUAUUCCAUCAUUUGAUUAUAUUCCAAAUGUUUUUACACAUAAUGAUCUUGGUGUGCAAAAUAUAAUUAUAUCUGAUGAUAAUAAAAUAACAGGUAUUAUUGAUUGGGAAUGGUCUGGUUCAUAUCCUAUUUGUGAAGAAUAUUUUCAUUCAUAUAAACCAAUUAUUUAUAAUAAUCAAUUAAAAAAUUAUCUUUAUGAUCAACUUGAACAACAUAAUGUUCCAACUCCAAGAACAAUUCAAAAUUUUUCAAUUUUACAAAAAAUGUCAGAUUUUAUUCAAUCCAUUUCUCCUUGGUAUCUUACUGAUUUAGUUGAUCCAGAACAUCCAACUGUUGAAAAAGAAUUAUUUAAAUAUAGAGAUAAAGUCAAAAUACUUGUUCAACAAAUUAGAGAAGAAUUAAAAUAA